AUGGCUGGCUCAAUUCUUACCGGUCGCAAGUCCACCGAGGUGGCUGCUGCGGCUGACGAUGCCCUCGCUAAGAUGGGCUACAAGUCAGAACUCCCGCGUAGUCUGAGUAUGCUGUCGGUUCUCGGUCUGUCCUUUGCCAUCAUGGCUGUGCCCUACGGUCUCAGCACCACCUUCUACAUUACGCUUUCCAACGGCCAGUCUGUCACGAUCAUCUGGGGUUGGGUUCUCCUGUCCAUCAUCUCGACCGCCAUUGCCGCCUCCCUGGCCGAAAUCUGCUCCGUCUACCCCACCGCCGGCGGUGUAUAUUACUGGGCCGCUCUCCUGUCGACACCGAAAUGGGCACCGAUUGCCAGUUGGAUUACCGGAUGGUUGACGUUGGUCGGAAACUGGACCGUUACUCUGUCGAUCAACUUUGGUGGUGCCCAACUAAUUCUCAGUGCCAUCUCGCUUUGGGAUGAGGACUUUGUAGCCAACGAAUGGCAGACUGUUCUCAUGUUUUGGGCCGUCACGCUGGUAUGCUAUCUAAUCAACAUCUUUGGAUCCAAAUAUCUGGACCAGAUCAACACGCUUUGCAUCUACUGGACUGGAGCCUCGAUUAUCAUUAUCCUGAUCGUCCUGCUGGCCAUGUCGCCUUCCAAGCGCAGCGGCGAGUUUGUCUUUGCGCACUACGACUCUUCUGCAUCGGGUUGGCCCAGCGGCUGGUCCUUCUUUGUGGGAUUGCUCCAGCCCGCUUACGUGCUGACUGGAUAUGGUAUGGUGGCAUCCAUGUGCGAAGAGGUCCAGACUCCUGAGCGCGAGGUCCCCAAGGCCAUUGUUCUGUCCGUGGUGGCAGCCGGUAUCACCGGUCUGGUCUACCUCAUCCCCGUCCUCUUUGUUCUUCCCGAUGUUCAGACUCUCCUCGAUGUCGCCAAUGGCCAGCCUAUCGGACUUGUCUUCAAGACUGCGACUGGCAGUGCUGGUGGUGGCUUCGGCUUGCUUUUCCUGAUUCUCGGCAUCUGGCUGUUCGCUGGUAUCGGUGCCUUGACAGCCUCGAGCCGCUGCACCUACGCCUUUGCCCGUGACGGUGCCAUUCCUGGAUCUGGCCUCUGGAGCAAGGUCGACAAGAGAUUCGACAUUCCCUUUUGGGCGCUUACACUCUCGGCUAUCGUUGACUGCCUCCUGGGUCUCAUCUACUUUGGCUCCACGGCCGCCUUUAGCAGUUUCACAGGCGUGGCCACCAUCUGCCUCUGCGCCUCGUAUGGUCUGCCGAUCCUCGUCUGCGUCCUCCGCGGCCGCAAGCACGUGCGCCACGCAUCCUACUCGCUCGGCAAGAUCGGCUACGUGACCAACAUUGCCACGCUGCUGUGGAUCGUGCUGGCUAUUUUCUUGUUCUGCAUGCCGACCAACCUGACUGGCCUCGACGCCGAGAGCAUGAACUAUGCCAGUGUCGUGUUUGCCGGCUUCGCCGCUAUCAGUAUGAUCUGGUAUGCCGUCUGGGGUCGCAAGAACUUCUCCGGCCCGCCCAUUCUCAAUACCGAGAUGGCCGAAGAAGGUGGUGUUGGUGUUGUAAGGGGCCACUCUCUCGAUGAAGAAGCAACAGCAGCAGCUAAGGAUGUAAAGCAGGGUGGUGAAGAAAAGAGCGUAUAA